CUCCCUCUUCCUCCGCCCGUCAUUUUUGAACCACCGGUUAUGGCGGGUCUUACACAUGCACAACAGCUCGAGCUACUCGUCCCGCCAGUCAGGGCUCCCCGCCCACUGAGCGGACCGGGCGACCCAGGCACACGCGUGGCAUCGAUACCGCCGGUGUCACCGCCGAAGGCUGCGCAACGCGGGACAGCGACAACGACAUCGCCCAGCGCUCCGCCACGUGUGCUGCAGUCCCGCCACACCUUCCUCGGCGAGCUCUUCGACAUGCUUUCCAAACGUCCGAAAGACGAUGCAACGAUAUCUUGGUCCAGCGAUGGCAAGAGCAUGGUCAUCAAGAAGGUGGACGCCUUCGAAAAGGACGUGUUACCCGUCUUCUUUCCCAGCCAGAAAAAGCGGACUUUCUUCAGAACGCUGCAGAGGUUUUCAUUCAAACGGCUGACGGACAAGCACGGAGCUGUCUCAUUCACUCAUGCAGACCUGAACGACCGCUCAACCCGUGCGGAGUUCCUUGCUGUGCCGCCCAAACUGGACCCUCCCCGCAAGGAGCGGGGUAAAGCGGGGGACUCAGACUCGGAGAAGAAGGGGGAAGUGACCCCACCAUCAUCGGCCACGUCAGCAGCCUCGGCAAACCCCGCUACGGCGAACACGGGGCCGGCACCUAUGACGGCUGCGCAGUUUACCCCGAGUCCGACACCCGCGACGCCUACAACUACAGCGAGCAGUGGCGAGGCUUCCACGGUCGGCAUUCCGCGCUCCCACCCGACUCCACCACCCUUUGAUAAGGCCAAUCAGAUCCCGCUUACAUCAAUGUACUGUGCUUCGUGUCACCAGCUCCCGCCGCGCUGGACCGAGUACCACUACCCUGAUGUGGGUGGGGUCGUGCGGUGUGGAUAUUGUGGCCAGGGAUACUACCUCAACUCCACGCCGACGCCCGCGAGACUGCCGAUUCUCAUGGGCCCUGCCGCUCCGCGCCAAGCUCAGGUGCUGCCAGCUAAGCGGAAACGUGAAGACGAUUCGGACUCGGAGACGGAAUCGAGCAAGCGCAGCAGGCAGGACACCAACUCUGAUGGCCCACCCUCUCGCUCGACUUCGCCCUCGACAACAUCGGAGUCCACGACGGUUUCUAUGUCGACGAUAAGGCCCAUCACGGCACCAUCAGCGCCUUGCGGAUCGCCGCAGACUGCUCCCCCGUCGGCCGAGGACUCCGACGAGGAGAUGGCGGACGUGGUGAAGCUCACAACCGACAGCGCGGCGUCCUCAACAGCAGAGAGGUCGCCCGCAGCGUCUUACGCACAUGCCUCUCGCGUCGCUGACGAGAAUACAAGCACGUCACCUGGCGAAGAGCAGAUGACAGUUCCGGCGCCCGAUCCGUCAUCGCCACAUCCGCAAUCGGCCGAUCACGCUCCAGCCGAAACGCAGCACGCCUCGGCUCAACCACUGCCCACGCCCAUGCCCACGCCACCGGCGCUGCCCCCGCCGCCGCCGGUGUGCGCAGCGUGCCGCAUCGCAGGAAAGGGCAUGGGGCGGUACGUCAUCAGCGGGCGGGAAUGCAGCUUCUGCGAUCGCGGGUCGGCGCGGGCGGGGCCAGCGGCAGUACCAGCAGUGGCAGGCGGGAAGGGCAAGGAGCGGGCAUACGGGGAAACCAGUGCGACCUCACCUCCUAGGAAAAGCACGAAGGGGGCAUUGAGUUUGAAGAGGAUCCUCGCGGACGACCCGCAUGAAGGGAUGCCGCCGCCCGCGGCCCUUCCGGUGCGGUUGCGGGCCGUUUGA